GCAGCCGAGCCGGGCGGGCUGCUCGUUGCUGCACUGAGAGCUCUUUAUUUUCCCCGGCAAUGCUUUCCUCUUUCUGUGCCCUUACAAGAAGUCGCUGCUGCUGGAUGCUGUUAAGGGACGGCGUUGAGCGAGUUGUGGCUAAGUUUGAAGAGUUUAAAUAGUCGCGAUGCUUGUCCGCCUCUGGGGUAGCGCGAUCAAUUUUGUAGCCUGUCAACUCUUUGCACUUCUGGCUGCAUUUUGGUUUCGUAUUUACUUGGGUCCCAGUCAUGCCAGCUCUGCUGUUCGCCAUGCAUUUGCCACCCUCUUUGGGAUAUACUUUGCUGUCUUCUGCUUUGGGUGGUAUUCCAUUCAUCUUUUUGUCCUGGUGAUGAUGAACUAUGGCAUUAUGAAUAUGGCAAGUAUUCCCAACAUCCACAGGUACUCCUUUGUUGUAGCUAUGGGAUACCUCACGUUGUGCCACAUAAGCCGAAUAUACAUAUUUCAUUAUGGUAUUCUCACUACAGAUUUUUCCGGUCCUCUGAUGAUAAUUACACAGAAGAUCACAACACUUGCAUGCCAGUUACACGAUGGAAUAGGGCGACAAGCUGAGGAACUCACUGCUGAGCAGAAUCGGCUUGCUGUAAAGUCAAGACCUUCUUUACUGGAGUAUUUAAGCUAUCUCCUCAAUUUUAUGAGCAUCAUAGCUGGUCCUUGCAGCAAUUACAAGGAUUAUAUAGCCUUCAUUGAAGGGAGGCAUGUGCACAUGAAACUCUUAGAAGUGAACUGGAAGCAGAAGGGUUAUGACAGACUUCCUGAUCCUUCUCCAACUGGAGCAGUGAUGUACAAGCUGUGUAUCACACUAGUAUCUCUCAUUUUAUUCUUGACACUUACCAAGAGCUUUCCUAUGGCAUAUAUUAUUGAUAACGAAUUUCUUGAUAAAACACCCUUCUUGUCAAGACUUGGUUACCUGUAUGUUGUAGCACAGGCAGCAAAACCAAAGUAUUACUUUGCAUGGACUUUAGCAGAUGCAGUCAACAAUGCAGCUGGUUAUGGAUUCAGUGGAGUUGAUGAAAGAGGCACUUUCCGCUGGGACCUGUUGUCCAAUUUGAAUAUCUGGAACAUUGAGACUGCAACGAGUUUUAAAAUGUACAUUGAAAACUGGAACAUUCAGACAGCUGCCUGGCUAAAACGUGUCUGCUAUGACAGAGCUCCCUGGUACCCUACAGCUUUAACAUUUAUCCUGUCUGCCCUGUGGCAUGGUAUCUAUCCUGGAUAUUAUUUUACGUUUCUCACUGGAAUCCUUAUCACACUUGCAGCCAGAGCAGUAAGAAACAAUUUUAGACAUUACUUCCUAUCUUCAGUGCCUCUCAAGAUAGCCUAUGAUCUUGUCACCUGGGUUGUCACUCAACUGGCAGUGUGCUAUACUGUUGCACCAUUUGUUAUGCUGGCUGUUGAGCCCACUAUUAAGUUUUACAAGUCUAUGUAUUUUCACAUGCACAUUCUGAGCAUCUUGGUGUUGCUCUUGCUGCCUAUCAGACCUCAAGCUCACUCCAAAAGAAAGGCUCAGAAUCAGGCCAUGCUGAACUCUGUUAAAAGAAAAGACAAAUGAUGACUACAAGGAAAAUUGCCAACACUGGGAAAUCAAGCUGUCAUAUUGGAAACAAAGAAAGAAGAAAACUGGGUGGGAUAAGGGUCAAACUACAAGACAAGUGGCAUUUCUAUUGCUUAUCUUAAAAUCUUACUGGACAGGGCAGAAAAGAGCCUGAAUGACUAUAUUUCAAAUUAUUCCAGUUAACAGAGAUUAUACAGGCAAUGUUUACAGGCUCCUUGGGCAUUUUGACUUUUUAAAUAAAUAUUUUUAUGAAGUGUUUUUAUAUAUUUAA